AUGGAUGGAAACCAGCGAAUCAGCCAGGUGUCCUCACCCUGGAGGCCUGACAUUCCUCACGUGUCCGGGGCCAAUGCAGGGCCGGCGAAGCCGCACAAAGGCAUCCGACGCAAUCAACGCUGGAAGAUCAAUGAAGUGUGCGCACGAAACGCCCAAGAUGAUCCGGGGGGAGGAGAAAAAUACCUUCCAGAGGGUUUCGGGAAAUGGGCUGACCUCUCCUUGCAGGCGCCGCGGCUCCAGGGCGGGGCGGAGGGGGUCUGGCGGAGGGGCCGGGGCCGGCGACAGGAAUGCCCGGCCUUGCCUCUGUUCGCGGGCAGCCGGCGCGGCACGGCGGUUGGGCCCGCGCGUUGGCCCGGGUCUCCCGCAGAGUCCGGCCCUCCGGGUUUCGAGCCGCCCCGCGGCUCCCACGCCACCGCACGGGGGACGGGCCCCGGGCGCCCCUUUCCCGCCGCGGUCUCCCCUCCCGCGGGCCCGCCGCGCGGGCCCUCGCAGCCCCGAUCGCCCGCUGGCCGGGUCCCUGCCUCCGGUGCGCGGCGCCCCGGCGGCCUCCGCAGGCCCCUCCCCGGGGGCGGGGAGCAGGACGCGCGCGGGAGCCGGGCGGCGGGGGAGUGUCUGGCUGCCCCCGCCCCUCGAGUGAGUGACUGGGCGAGGAGGUCCCCUCCCUCGCUCGCUCCCGGCCCACUCCCGGGGGGACGCUCCGCGCCGCGGCCGCCGGGGCCGCCGCUGCUCUCACACUUGAGUUGGGAGCUGCUCGCCGCGCUCAGUGCCUGGCGAGCUGGCCGCGCGCCGCCGCCUCCCGCCCGCACGCACGCACGCGGGCCCGGCUUCGGGGUUCUCGGCUGCUACUCCCGGCGGCUGGAAGGAGGGGGGAGCCCCGGACACACUGUGGGGAGGAGGAGGAAGAAACCCGGCGCGGAGGAAAGGGGCGGGGGGGGCGGGAGGUUUGCCACCUUCAGCCCCCACUGCGAGCGCCCAAGGUAA